GGCUGCGUCAGGCUGAGCCCAUUCACCGCGCGGCCGCAGGAGCGCAGCGCCAGCGCCGCGCCGCCCAACCCCGCCGAGAGGGGCGCACUCGCAGCCGUGGGCCCCGCGGCGCUCUCCGCAGCCCCCUCCUGGCGACCCGCAAGUCUCAUCAAACUGUGGGUAACUAAGUGGCUUUUGCAUCAUCCUGAAAGCAGAGCUAAAAUCCCUAGUGUUCUUGGCUACUUGAUCUACUCAUAACCUGUAGUGAAACCAAGAGAAGACUUCUCCACAAAUCGCUACAAUGUCUGUUACAAAUUUAUCAUGGUUGAAGAAAAAGUCCCAGUCGGUGGAUAUCACGGCUCCAGGGUUCAACCCUUUGGCUGGUGCAGGAAAGCAAAUGCCUCAAGCCAGCAAGCCCCCCACACCUAAGACCCCCAUUAUUGAAGAAGAGCAGAACAAUGCAGCAAACACACAAAAGCAUCCUUCCCGGAGGAGUGAACUGAAGAGGUUCUACACCAUCGACACUGGCCAAAAGAAGACCCUAGACAAGAAAGAUGGGAGACGAAUGUCUUUUCAGAAACCUAAAGGAACUAUUGAAUAUACUGUUGAAUCGAGGGAUUCUUUGAAUAGUAUAGCCCUGAAAUUUGAUACAACACCCAACGAACUUGUUCAAUUAAAUAAGUUAUUCUCCAGAGCAGUGGUUACUGGACAGGUUUUAUAUGUUCCUGAUCCUGAAUAUGUCUCCAGUGUUGAGAGUUCUCCAUCUCUAAGUCCCAUAAGUCCUCUGUCACCAACAUCAUCUGAGGUUGAAUUUGAUAAAACUACUACUAAUGCUGAUGUAGUCCAUCCAAAAGAACCAAUUCCUUCAUCUACUUCUACUGGUAUUCGGCCUGCACGAGUUGUAUCUUCAACUUCUGAAGAGGAAGAAGCAUUUACCGAAAAAUUUCUUAAAAUUAAUUGUAAAUAUAUUACCAGUGGCAAGGGCACAGUCAGUGGUGUGCUGCUAGUUACACCAAAUAAUAUAAUGUUUGAUCCUCAUAAAACUGACCCUUUGGUUCAAGAAAAUGGCUGUGAAGAAUAUGGUAUCAUGUGUCCAAUGGAAGAGGUGGUGUCAGCUGCAAUGUACAAAGAGAUUUUGGAUAGCAAACUAAAGGAGUCUUUACCCGUAGAGCUAGCUCAGAUUUCAGGAAAGGACUUCUGCCAUUUAAAGAAAAUUACGAGAAGUAAUACUGAUGAAAUAGACUCAAGAAUCCGUGAUGCAGGUAAUGAUAGUGCCAGCACUGCUCCUAGGAGCACAGAGGAGUCUCUCUCUGAAGAUGUGUUCACUGAAUCAGAACUCUCCCCUAUUCGAGAGGAGCUUAUCUCUUCAGAUGAGCUGCGACAAGAUAAAUCAUCUGGUGCGUCAUCAGAAUCUGUGAAAACUGUCAAUCAGACUGAAAUAGAAUGUUUGGCGGUUAUACCAGAGUCUUCUGGUAUGCCUAAUCACUUAAAAUCCUCUUCUGGACAGUCCACAAAUGAAGGUGGAACUGUUCCUCAAAAAACUGAUGUAAAUAAUCUUGAAGUGGCCACUAAGGAAGGAGGUCAGGCUACAGAAAAUUUACAAGAAAUAUCAAACCUGAAAGAAAGAAGUACAAGUACAAAAGGUAACACAGACCAGGAUAUUAAGGAGAAUUCACCACAGCAAGAGGCUAUACAAGAAAAUAUGCCUUGUAGAGAAGCAGCAGAAUUUAAACAAAAGCUAACUGUCCACAAAGCCAAACAAGGAAAGGAUCAAAAUCAGGACUCAGAGACAGAGGUAGAAGAGCUACGGAAACUCUGGAAAACUCAUACUAUGCAACAAACUAAACAACAAAGGGAAAAUAUUCAACAGGUGUCACAAAAAGAAAUUAAGCAUAAAAUAGCAUCUGCAGAUAGAGAAGGUCCUACACUUUUAAAAGAAAAGAAAAGGCAUCGAUUACAUAAGUUCUUAUGUCUCAGAAUUGGAAAACCAAUGAGGAAAACAUUUGUAUCUCAAGCAAGUGCAACAAUGCAACAAUAUGCACAGAGAGAUAAGAAACAUGAAUAUUGGUUUGCUGUACCACAAGAAAGAACGGAGCACUUGUAUGCCUUCUUUAUUCAGUGGAGUCCAGAAAUAUAUGCAGAGGAUACUGGUGAAUAUACUAGAGAACCUGGAUUCAUAGUAGUAAAAAAGAUUGAAGAGUCUGAAACAAAUGAAGAUUCUACUAAUGAAGCAGCAGCCAGAGAAUGGGAGGUAGUGUCAGUGGCUGAGUAUCACCGCAGGAUCGAUGCUUUAAAUACUGAAGAACUGCGCACACUCUGCAGACGCCUCCAGAUUACUACGAGGGAAGAUAUAAAUUCAAAGCAGGUUGCUCCAGUGAAAGCAGACCUGGAGUCUGAAUCUUUUCGACCAAACCUAAGUGAUCCUAGUGAACUUUUACAACCAGAUCAAAUUGAAAAGCUUACCAAGCAUCUUCCACCAAGAACAAUUGGCUAUCCAUGGACUCUUGUUUAUGGCACUGGGAAGCACGGCACAAGCUUGAAGACCCUCUAUCGCACAAUGACAGGUUUAGACACUCCAGUGCUGAUGGUCAUUAAAGACAGUGAUGGGCAGGUUUUUGGUGCAUUAGCAUCUGAACCAUUUAAAGUGAGUGAUGGCUUUUAUGGUACAGGAGAGACUUUUGUCUUCACAUUCUCACCAGAGUUUGAGGUCUUUAAAUGGACAGGUGAUAAUAUGUUUUUUAUCAAAGGAGACAUGGAUUCACUAGCUUUUGGUGGUGGAGGAGGAGAGUUUGCCCUUUGGCUUGAUGGAGAUCUCUACCAUGGAAGAAGCCAUUCUUGUAAAACAUUUGGAAAUCAUACACUUUCUAAGAAGGAAGAUUUCUUUAUCCAAGACAUUGAGAUCUGGGCUUUUGAAUAAAUAUAAUACUCUGUGUCUUAGCAGGAAAAUCGCCCAAACCUGACAUAGACAAGCUUUAUUUAGAAAGUUCAAGAAGCAAUACAACGUAACAUGUCACUCAUGCUUUGAAGUUAGUCUGCAUCAACAUUUAUUACAGCUAUAAUUUUGGGAUUUAGUUUUUAAAUCAUGUUUCUGUCCUAGAGUUCAUUAAGUUUUUAAACCACGGCUUGUGUCCACGCAGGAUGACAACUUGGGGUUUGUCAGAUUUGGGCAGCAUUUUGAUCAUAGUGGCCAUUUCAUCUACAAUCCAUGUCAUUUUAGUCUAAUAUGAUGGUGCUUUUUUGUUGAAUCUAUUUUGGUUUCUUAUUUUUAAAACUACAUUGUUUUAUUAGGGCAGUCUAGUUGGGCAUUGAAGAAAUUAAGACAAAACAUAGUUGUGAUCUGCAAGCUCUGGCCCACGUAACUCUUGGACAUGUUCAAUUCUAAUGAAGUCAUUCUAAUGAAGGGAAAAAACACAUGCCAAGAUAAUGCAUACUUAGUAGACCACUAAGUUUUAGUUUAAAUUCACACUACCAUAUUCUCUUUGUUAAUUUUGCAGGUAUUCUCAGUUUCAUUAUAGUAAAAAUGAAAUUUGAGUAGAAAUCUAAUUUAGUAUAUCACAAUGCACAUGAUCUGCAGGUUUGGGCAUAAUAUUUUUAUUAUUGAAUUAUCUGAUAGAAUUAUAAAAUGACAAAGGAGAAUGAGAACUUGAUGAUUCUGCUGGGUUUAAUAUAUCAAGCAAGAAAAUAUAAUAUUUACAUAUUUGUAGCUUAGCGCACAGGGCAUUAUCAUAAGUACAAAAACUAUGAACAGAUGCAUAUUUCUUCUCAACAUAUUGUGUCAGAAUUACUGUUUUAUAGUUCUGUUGUUUUAGCCUUGUUGCACACAAACUUCCAAACUGUAGGUUCCUAUUCAAAAAGAAAAAAUAAGUUGUGAUUUUUUUUGAGUGGUAUAUGUUAUGAAUUCCAUUAGCAUUUGCUCUUAUAAAGGGCAAUGAUUAUAGUAGACACUAUUGUAACUCAGUAGACUUGUUGAAUAUGCAAAUUUACUGUCAAGUGACCUCAAAAAAAAUGAUAGAAUAUACUAGUAGUUCUUACCCUCUUUUGUAGGAAAUCAGUAAUAAGCCAUUGUGGCAAUAAUUCAUCAGUUAAUUUCAAAGCUUCAUGUUAUGCAAAAAAAAAAAAAAAUCCUGCGCUGUUAUACAUGUGACAGUGACUUUGUGCUGAAAUUUCAGCUAUUCCAGAUGAACAUUGUAUAUUAUCUUGUAAAUUAAUGUUUAAAGGUAGUUUUGUUCUUAUAGAAAGUGUUGAUUGCCAGGUUGCUUAUAGCACUUUAAAUUAUUAUAAAAAUGAAAUUAUAAGCCAAAUAUGUUGGCUUACGUAGUUUUAGUUGAAUAGCACUUGAAUAUAUUUAGGUCUUUUGAAACAAGUUUAGAUAAUUAUCUAAAGAAAGCAUAAUGCUAAUGGAAAAGAAAGUCUGAUGUUCUAUUUAAUAUGCUAUUGCUGAAUAUGAAUAAGAAAUGCAAGGCAUCAAUUCCUUGUCUAUGUAAAGUUCUCAUUACAAAUUAGUAACAGUAUAUAGAUUAAAUGUUUACAGUGUAGGGAAUUGUAAAUAAAUAACAGUUUUUCCCCCCUUGGUCUUCCACAGCAGUAUUAUUGUCUUUGUGGAUUUGACUAAUAGUUAAACAACAACAAAAAAUCCUGUAUUGGAUUUUAGUUACAAAAAGGUCAGAGUGUGGUGUAUACAAAAUAAAACUAAAUACAUAUAUACAAAUUUGAGUUUGGAUUUCUUUAGUAAUCAGGUUAUUUUCAUAUCUAAUAAAUUUUUGUUUAAGUAUCUUUUACAUGUAAAAUGCUUCAAGUAGCUUUUGUUGCUGUUGUGGUAGUAGUGGUAGCGGUGGUGGUGGUAAUGAUGGAAGGAUGCAUUCAAGGUGGAGCACUGGCAUUUGAUAUUUUGAAAUUACAUUAUUGUCUUUUUUGAUGGGAUAUAUAUAGAGAAAGGUAAGUCUAUGUCCUGAAGAGCUUUGUUAUGUGCGAUGUCAAGAAAUUUGGGGGUUUUUUGUUUGUUUGUUUCAUGACAGCAAUGAAAAAAAUUUAAGUGGAAGAAUGACAUCUGAUUUGUACUUUAGGAAGAUCUCUGAAAAACUUUAGAGAAGAAAGUGAGCAAGACUCUGAACAAGAUAGUUGUGAAGUUCAGAGAACAGUGAAGGGACCUGAAUGACAAUAACUGCAAUUAUAAUAAAGAAGAAUGUAUGAUUGCAAAAGGGAUUUAGAAGUUAGGAUUAAGUGGAUUUGGUUAUUAGAUGUCAGAGUUAAGGAUAGCUCAGAUCUUUUACUUAGGAGCUGGGUAUAUUAUCAAGAUGAGUGAUAUGCAAAGAGGAGAAAAAAAAAGCAAGUUAUGGUGGGGAGAUUAAGUUAGAUAUAGUAUAAUGUCAGAAGUUGGAGAUAAGAUUUUUUUUUGGAGGGGAGAGGAAGUUUUUUUUGUUUUUCUGAUAGAUGACAAAUAUAAAUCAUCAAUACACAAAAAUAGAAAACAUGAGAAUAGUAAAAAUUAGGACACUUAGCAUAACUAAGAAAAAGAAAGAUUACCUUUAAGAAUUUUUAAAGGAGACAUCAUUACAGUUUGCCUAAACCAUGAAGUAAUAAGCUAUUAUGAACAACUUUGCAUACAUCAGUAAUCUUGACAAUAUAGAGAAGUAGACAAAACAUUUCAUGAAACAAUUUAUUAUGCCUAAAACACAGAAAUUGAAUCUCUUAAUUUAAAAAAUAAUAGUCUGCCUACAAAAAAGAAAAAAAAAUCCAGCACCUCUGCUAGGUAUUUUUUGUACAAAAAAAAAAAAAAUAUUUAUAUGGUUUACCAAUUUCAGAGGAAACCUUUCAAGUACUAGAAAAAGGAUGCUGUGCUCCGAGACCAGCAUGACCUCAAUACCAAAGUUUUACAGUCCUUACCCUUCAAAAAGUGCAAAAUUAUUUUAAUGAGCAUAUAUUAGAAAUCCUAAAUGAAACAAUCAAAAUAUAUUGUUUGCAAUAAAUAAAGAAUAUACAUUAUAACUAAUUGGAUUCAUUCCAGGAAAGUAAGUGUAGUUCAUAUUUUUGAAUUGGUAUUAAAUGCCAUGUGUUUUGAAAAAAGAAAAAUUCCAUGAUCCUCUAGAAGCAAAAGAAACAUUUGAUUACUUUAGAUGUCCAUUUAUGAUUUAUACACACACACACACACACACACACACACA